AUGGCGGCGUCCAUGACAUUCAGUCCCCUGCAUUGCUUGACCUUUUGGCUUCUGCUUGCGCUGCUCGCUCGCUCAGUAGCCAUCUCGCUGUCGAGCAGUACGAGCAGAGGCGGCCGUCAUGAGCACAAUCCUCAGCAUUCCAGCGCCUACAUCGUUUACGCCGACCACGUCGCCAAGCCGUCCAACUUCACCACCCUCGAGCACUGGUACACCUCCAUGGUGGGCUCCCUCUCCCCGGCCGCCAACUCCACCCACUUCUUGUACGUGUACGACACCGUGAUGCACGGCUUCGCCGCCGAGCUCACCGUCGACGAGGCCCGGCGCGUGUCGAACACUCCGGGCGUGACCGGCGUGUUCAAGGACAAGGCGGUGCAUCUGCACACUACCAGGUCCCCGGCCUUCCUCGGCCUCGACAAGGACUCUGGCAUCUGGCCGGACACGGACUUCGGCGACGGCAUCAUCAUUGGCUUCGUCGACAGCGGCAUCUGGCCGGAAAGCGCCAGCUUCAACGACAUCGGGCUCACCCCCGUCCGGCCGAGCUGGAAGGGCUGGUGCGCCAACGGCGAGCGGUUCAACGCUAGCAUGUGCAACAACAAGCUAGUGGGCGCCAGGACCUUCACCGCCGGCGCCGGCACGCACACGGAAUGGUUGCCGGGAAGAAACGAGGCCCACGAUUUCCAGUCCCCAAGGGACAAGGACGGGCACGGCACACACGUGGCAUCGACGGCCGCCGGCUCCGAGGUUCCCGGCGCCAAGCUCUUCGAGUUCGCGAGCGGGACAGCGAGGGGGGUGGCUCCCAAGGCGAGGGUGGCCAUGUACAAGGCGUGCGGGCCGAUGGGCUUCUGCAGCAUGUCGGGCAUCGCCGCGGCGGUCGACGCCGCCGUCAAAGAUGGCGUCGACAUCCUGUCCUUGUCCCUUGGGAGCCAGGACCACGACUUCUACAAGGAACCCAUGUCCAUCGCCUUGUUUGGGGCCGUGCGGGCGGGCGUCUUCGUCGCCUGCUCAGCCGGCAACUCUGGCCCGGAAGCAUCCUCGCUGAGCAACGUGGCGCCGUGGAUCACGACGGUCGGCGCUGCCACCAUGGACCGGGUGUUCCCGGCGAGCGUCACGCUCGGGAACGGCCAGAUUCUAACUGGGCAAUCUCUCUACGCCGUCACGGCCAACCGAACAGACUUCAUCCGGCUGUUGCCCAGCGCCUGCACAGACAAGGACCUGGUGCCGGACAGGAUUAUGGGCAAGAUCGUCGUGUGCGCUGGCGAUUUGGGCGCUGAUGCAUCACUCGGCGCUGCGGUGCAGAAGGCCGGUGGCAGCGGGCUAGUCUCCGUCGCCAUCCAGGAUUGGCGUAUGGACGGGCUCGUAGUCCAGGCGUUCACCCUUCCUGCUGUCAGCCUCGGCGCCCGCGAAGCCGACAAGCUGGCGGCGUACGUCCGCUCGGAGCCUUACCCGGUGGCAUCGUUCCGCUUCACCUGCCGCACGGUCAUCGGCGAGAACCCGGCGCCGAUGGUGUCGUCCUUCUCGUCGCGGGGCCCCAACCACGUCACCCGCGAGAUCCUCAAGCCGGACGUGAUCGCGCCAGGCACCAACAUCCUCGCCGCCUGGCCCGGCGAGUCGCCCCUGACGUACGCCGAGGAGGACCCGAGGCGCGCACGCUUCAACAUCCAGUCGGGCACCUCCAUGUCGUGCCCGCACGUCGCCGGCGCCGCGGCUCUGCUGAAGCACAGGCACCCCGGCUGGACACCGGCCAUGAUCCGGUCGGCGCUGAUGACAACCGCGACAACGCUCGACAACCACGGCAGGCCCAUCGCGGACAACGGCCGCAGAGGUGGCGCCAGCGAUGGCGCGACGCCGUUGGCGGCCGGAGCCGGCCUCGUCCGUCCGCAGCAGGCGCUCGACCCGGGCCUGGUCUACGACGUCGCGGAGCGGGACUACGUCGACUUCCUGUGCACGCUCAACUACACCGCGGCGCAGGUCCGGAUGUUCGUGCCGGGCUUCGCCGGCUGCACGAGGACGCUCCCCGGCGGCAUAGGCGGCCUCAACUACCCGUCGUUCGUCGCGGACCUGAGCAACGGCACCGACAUCCGCGUGCUGUCGCGCACCGUGACCAAGGUUUCGGAGGGUCCCGAGACCUACGCCGUGAAGGUGGUGGCGCCGCGCCAGCUCGUGGAGGUGACCGUGACGCCGGCUACGCUGGAGUUCGGCGGCGAGCCGUACGAAAAGAAGAGCUACACCGUCUUGUUCAGGAACAAGUACAGGACGCCGAGCGCACCUGGCGCGGCGGGGAUGGCGCUGUUCGGCCAGAUCGUGUGGGAGAACGACGUGCAUACGGUGAGGAGCCCCGUUGUGUUCAUGUGGAACAGACGUGAUCAGUGA